UUAAUAGCUGAAAAAAAGAGAGGACUCUGUUCUUAGGCAUGCUCAGAAUCCUCUUUGCUUUUCCCUUUUUGCAUGUAACGUAGUCCUGUUUUUUCCUUGAAACAGAUCUUUUAAAGAGAAUUCGUCCCUCUGAGUAAGUCAAAUUAGGAUCCCCUUCCUCCCUCCUCUCUGUCUCUGUCUCUUUCUCUUUGUCGCGUGGAUUUUGGUCAUCUCUGCUAGGGGCCGCUCGGAAAGUAAGUUGAAGUCUUGAAGGGAAAUUCCUUAAGGCUGCUUCAUCCACACAGUUCCUCGGGAGGGAGGGAUUCCUUUCCUGUAAGCGGGAGGCGCAGUUUCUAAGAAAGGCUUCCAGGAAGGAUGAGGUGCAGCAGGAAGGAAUCCCACAGAGCCGCCGACUCACACACACUUUUGAGAAGGGAAUUCAUCGCCUUUGAUUUCUGGGAAUUGGCGUUUCCACUGAGGGCAGAACAAAGUGGCUGAACCCCUUGUUUAAAAUUGGUCACAAACGGAGAUUAGAAGAAGAUGAUAUGUAUUCGGUGCUUCCAGAAGAUCGCUCGAGGCAUCUGGGAGAAGAGUUGCAAGGGUACUGGGAUAAAGAAGUUUCAAGAGCCGAGAAAGACGCCCGGAAGCCUUCUUUAACAAAAGCAAUCAUAAAGUGUUACUGGAAAUCCUACUUAGUUUUGGGAAUUUUUACGCUCAUUGAGGAAGGCACCAAAGUAGUCCAGCCCAUAUUUUUGGGGAAAAUUAUUAGUUAUUUUGAAAACCAUGACCCCACUAAUUCUGUGGCUUUGCAUGAAGCCUACAUGUAUGCCACGGUGCUGACCAUCUGCACGCUCAUCCUGGCCAUAUUGCACCAUUUAUACUUCUAUCAUGUUCAGUGCGCGGGCAUGAGGCUACGCGUCGCCAUGUGCCAUAUGAUUUAUCGGAAGGCGCUUCGCCUCAGUAACGUGGCCAUGGGGAAGACCACCACCGGCCAGAUCGUCAAUCUGCUGUCCAAUGACGUGAACAAGUUUGACCAGGUGACCAUAUUCUUGCACUUUCUGUGGGCAGGACCACUGCAGGCGAUCGCAGUGACUGCCUUGCUCUGGAUGGAAAUAGGAAUAUCCUGUCUUGCUGGGAUUGCAGUUCUGAUUAUCCUUCUGCCCUUGCAAAGCUGCCUCGGGAAGCUGUUUUCAUCGUUCCGGAGUAAGACCGCAACCUUCACAGACGUCAGGAUCAGGACCAUGAAUGAAGUUAUAACUGGCAUAAGAAUAAUAAAAAUGUAUGCUUGGGAAAAGUCAUUUGCAGACCUUAUCACCUACUUGAGAAGGAAGGAAAUUUCCAAGAUUCUGAGCAGUUCCUACCUCAGAGGAAUGAAUUUGGCAUCGUUUUUCGUUGCAAGCAAAAUCAUCAUUUUUGUGACUUUCACCACCUAUGUGCUUCUUGGCAACGUGAUCACAGCCAGCCAUGUGUUUGUGGCGAUGUCUCUGUAUGGGGCUGUGCGGUUGACCGUCACCCUCUUCUUCCCCGCGGCCAUUGAGAAGGUGUCCGAGGCGGUCAUCAGCAUCCAAAGAAUCAAGAACUUUCUGUUACUUGAUGAGAUCUCACAGCGCACCCCUCAGCUGCCAUCAGAUGGUAAAAUGAUAGUGCACGUGCAAGACUUCACUGCCUUUUGGGAUAAGGCAUCAGAAACGCCAACCCUACAAGGCCUUUCCUUUACCGUGAGACCCGGGGAAUUGUUAGCUGUGAUCGGACCUGUGGGAGCAGGAAAGUCGUCACUGUUAAGUGCUGUUCUUGGGGAGCUGCCCCGGAGCCAGGGGCUGGUCAGCGUGCAUGGAAGGAUCGCCUACGUUUCUCAGCAGCCCUGGGUGUUUUCGGGAACUGUGAGGAGUAACAUUUUAUUUGGGAAGAAAUACGAAAAGGAACGAUACGAGAAAGUAAUAAAGGCUUGUGCUUUGAAAAAGGAUUUGCAGCUUUUGGAGGAUGGAGAUUUAACUGUGAUAGGCGAUCGGGGAGCCACGCUGAGCGGAGGGCAGAAGGCCCGGGUCAACCUUGCAAGAGCAGUGUAUCAGGAUGCAGACAUCUACCUCCUGGACGACCCUCUCAGCGCAGUGGAUGCAGAAGUUGGCAGGCACUUGUUUGAACUGUGUAUUUGUCAAACCUUGCAUGAGAAGAUCACAAUCUUAGUGACUCAUCAGUUGCAGUACCUAAAAGCUGCAAGUCAGAUUCUGAUAUUGAAAGAUGGCAAAAUGGUGCAGAAGGGGACUUACACGGAGUUUCUGAAGUCCGGGGUAGAUUUUGGCUCCCUUUUAAAGAAGGAAAACGAGGAGGCUGACGAGAGUCCAGCUCCAGGAUCUCCCGCUCUGAGGACUCGGAGCUUCUCAGAGUCUUCUGUUUGGUCCCAGCAAUCGUCCAGACCCUCGCUGAAAGAUGGCGUGCUGGAGGUGCAAGCCAACGAGAGUACACAGGUUGCUGUGUCAGAGGAGAGUCGUUCAGAAGGAAAAGUUGGUCUUAAGGCCUACAAGAAUUACCUAAUAGCCGGUGCUCACUGGUUGGCCAUCGUGUUCCUCAUUCUACUAAACAUCAUAGCGCAGGUUGCCUACAUUCUUCAGGACUGGUGGCUCUCCUAUUGGGCAAAUGAACAAAGUGCCCUGAAUGUCACGGUAAAUGGAAAAGAAAAUGUCACUGAGAAGCUCGAUCUUGCCUGGUACUUAGGAAUUUAUUCAGGUUUAACUGUGGCUACUGUCCUUUUUGGCACAGCGAGAUCUCUGUUUGUAUUCUACGUCCUCGUUCAUUCUUCACAAACUUUGCACAACAAGAUGUUCGAGUCCAUUCUGAGAGCUCCAGUGUUGUUCUUUGAUAGAAACCCAAUAGGAAGAAUUUUAAAUCGUUUCUCCAAAGACAUUGGGCACAUGGAUGACUUGCUACCCCUGACGUUUCUAGAUUUCUUCCAGACGUUUCUACAAGUUCUUGGUGUGGUAGGCGUGGCGGUGGCGGUGAUCCCGUGGAUCGCGAUACCUCUGAUUCCCCUUGGCAUCCUUUUCUUUGUUCUUCGGCGAUAUUUCUUAGAAACGUCGAGAGAUGUCAAACGCCUGGAAUCUACAACGCGGAGUCCGGUGUUCUCCCACUUGUCGUGCUCUCUCCAGGGACUCUGGACCAUCCGGGCAUAUAAAACUGAAGAGAGGUUCCAGGAACUGUUUGACGCUCAUCAGGAUUUGCAUUCAGAGGCAUGGUUCUUGUUCCUGACAACGUCCCGAUGGUUUGCCGUGCGUCUGGAUGCCAUCUGUGCCAUCUUGGUCAUUGUUGUUGCCUUUGGGUCCCUGAUUCUGGCAACAAAUGCUGGGCAGGUUGGCCUGGCCUUGUCCUACGCCCUCACACUCAUGGGGAUGUUCCAAUGGUGUGUCAGGCAAAGCGCCGAAGUGGAGAAUAUGAUGAUUUCAGUGGAAAGGGUGAUGGAGUAUACAGACCUUGAGAAAGAAGCCCCUUGGGAAUACCAGAAGCGCCCUCCGCCGAGCUGGCCCCAAGAAGGCACGAUUGUCUUUGAUAAUGUUAACUUCUCGUACAGUUUAGACGGGCCUCUGGUUUUGAAGCACCUGACAGCACUCAUUAAAUCAAGGGAAAAGGUUGGCAUUGUGGGAAGAACAGGAGCUGGAAAAAGUUCCCUCAUCUCAGCGCUUUUUAGAUUGUCAGAACCGGAAGGUAAAAUUUGGAUUGAUAAGAUCUUGACAACUGAAAUUGGGCUUCACGAUCUAAGGAAGAAAAUGUCCAUCAUACCUCAGGAACCUGUUUUAUUCACUGGAACAAUGAGGAAAAAUCUGGAUCCCUUUAAUGAGCAUACGGAUGAGGAACUGUGGAAUGCCAUAACAGAGGUACAGCUUAAAGAAGCCAUUGAAGAUCUUCCUGGCAAAUUGGACACCGAGUUAGCUGAAUCAGGAUCGAACUUCAGUGUUGGACAGAGACAGUUGGUGUGCCUCGCCAGGGCCAUCCUCAGGAAAAACCGGAUAUUGAUCAUUGACGAAGCGACAGCAAAUGUGGAUCCAAGAACUGAUGAAGUAAUACAAAAAAAAAUCCGUGAGAAAUUUGCCCAGUGCACCGUGCUAACCAUCGCACACAGGUUGAACACCAUUAUUGACAGUGACAAGAUCAUGGUUUUGGAUUCAGGAAGACUGAAAGAAUAUGAUGAACCCUAUGUUUUGCUGCAGAACGAAGAGAGCCUGUUUUACAAGAUGGUGCAGCAACUGGGCAAGGCAGAAGCUGCUGCCCUCACCGAAACAGCAAAACAGAUAUACUUCAAAAGGAAUUAUCCAGAUAUUACUCACAGUGACCAUGUGGUUAUGAAUGCUUCCAACGGACAGCCCUCAGCCUUUACUAUUUUUGAGACAGCGCUGUGAUCCUACCACAACAUCAAGUCUAUUCCAAAGACAUUUUUCUAAAAUAGUUUUUGUACUGUGUAACUAUAUAUUGUACUUUUUUUUUACACUAGCACAAAAUAUUUUACACAUACAAGAUGUUUGGAUUUUUUCCUCCAACUUCACUCAGUGAUUUCAAGCUCUAGCCGAAUGAUGUAAUAUUUUUUAUUUAUAUGUUAUAGUAUUUUGUUUUCCUUAUCCAAAUCCCAGGUGCAGGACACCAGUAAAAGCUGUUAACCAGGUUUGGUGCCUUAAAGAGAUGUCAGAGCCAAACCUCAUUUUGUUAGGUUUAAGACAAAGUUGUCACAGACCUUUUUUUUUUUCUUUUUUUUUUUUACAGCCCUCACAAAUUACAUAUUACUUUCCAGUGAUAUCAGGGAUUCUGUUUACUUGAAGUGUGUGAAGUUGCCAUUUUGUCUGGCCACUUCCUUAACAUAACGAGGAUCCAUUAUUUCUUCCCAAAGACCUCUGGUUGAAAUCGUACAGAUACAACUAAUAGGAAAAACCAAAAAUACACUUUAAGUGACAUUAUAGUGACCAAAAAAAGGAUAUAUGCUUAGCAUACAGGAGGGCAGUAUUUAAUUACAUGUUCUGAAAGACAAGGAAGACAAAAUAAUGCUUUCUCAACACUGGAGCCCGCGUGGGUGAUUUGAUCAUGAAGGGCACAGGUGUGAUCAUCGGUCAUCUAGAUGUGCACAACUCCAGCAUGAGGACCAUCGCAGUCUGAGGCCUCAGCAUGGUGACAUUUUCAGAAAAGGCCCAGCCACUUAAUUCCGGACCAUGGAGCAGUAGUCUUACUUGGAUUUCUGUUCUGCCAGCUAACCAGCUGUUGACUGUAAUAAGCCUUUUUGGUUUAGCCUUUCUUGAAACCCCUUCUACACUGCACGUGUAGGUUCUCCUGACUUGGUGAGAAAAACCAAAGCUCUUUGCCAACAAUGGCGCACCCAGGGGGCUCCCUUUUAUGAACCUGCCCAGGUUAUUUUCCUUCUGACCACUAAUAGCACUUUGUUUGGGUCUUUCUGAUGAGUGAAUCAGCAAACCAGUGUACUCCCAAGGCCUGCUGCGCUUUAUUUGAACCGUGGGUCUUUAGUUUUUCUGGAUGGUGGCUAUGGUAUGUUAGUUCAAAUUGCUAAAGGUUUUUAGGUUGUGGUUUUAAGUGGACUCUCGUGACCUCUAGGAUAAGGUGUAAGCACCCUCAAGUUGUGCAUAUAUUAAUCGAUAAUGCCCUCAUACAGCAGAUUUUUGGACUCUUCAAAGAGAGACGUUUUAUAGCAUCAAGCCUUAAAAAGCACAUACAGCAAACUACACAAGACACAUUGAGUGUAGUCACAGUUUGACUCUUCAUAUUUAGAAAUAAUAUGGUGAAUGUUUAGUUCAGUAAGCCAGUAAGUUGUUCUGUAGUCAUGGAUAGUAUUUCAGGAGACUAAAAUGACAAUGAUGAUAAUGAGGUUUGUUAAAACAGUGGGAAUACUGGACAAGUGUCUGUGUUUAUUUGGUCUUUAGAGGUUAAAGGCAGUUUAAAAAAAAAGCAUGUUUCUAUUUUAUUUCUAUUUUAAUGUC